CGAGCCCAGCGACAGCCAGUUCCUCUCCCACCGAGCCGGGCCCGGGUGCCUCCCGGCCGACGCUCUGCAGCUAGUCGCCUGCUGCAGGCCGGGCACUGUUCCCCCGCGCAGUGUGCCCGCAAGCGCCGGCCACGCGUCCUGCGACCUGGGCGGGCAGCUGCUUCCCAGGCGGGCCCCGCAGGGCUGUCCCGUCGCGUGCGCAGCUUUGAACUGAAGUCACCGUGGAGUUCCGCCGCCCCGAAACUUCCACCGCGAGCGAGAAAUAUGGGAUGUAUAAAAUCAAAAAGGAAAGACAAUCUGAAUGACGAUGGAGUAGAUAUGAAGACUCAACCAGUACGUAACACUGACCGAACUAUUUAUGUGAGAGAUCCAACGUCCAAUAAGCAGCAAAGGCCAGUUCCAGAAUCUCAACUUUUACCAGGACAGAGAUUUCAAACAAAAGAUCCAGAGGAACAAGGGGACAUUGUGGUAGCCUUGUACCCCUACGAUGGCAUCCACCCAGAUGACUUGUCCUUCAAGAAAGGAGAAAAGAUGAAAGUCCUGGAAGAGCAUGGGGAAUGGUGGAAAGCCAAGUCCCUUUCAACAAAGAGAGAAGGCUUCAUCCCCAGCAACUACGUGGCCAAGGUCAACACCUUAGAGACGGAAGAGUGGUUCUUCAAGGACAUAACCAGGAAGGAUGCAGAACGACAGCUUCUGGCCCCAGGGAACAGUGCAGGAGCUUUUCUUAUCAGAGAAAGCGAGACUUUAAAAGGAAGCUUCUCUCUGUCCGUCAGAGAUUAUGACCCUGUGCAUGGAGAUGUGAUAAAGCACUACAAAAUUCGAAGUCUGGACAAUGGCGGUUACUACAUCUCUCCACGGAUCACUUUCCCCUGCAUCAGUGACAUGAUUAAGCAUUACCAAAAGCAAUCUGAUGGCCUUUGCAGAAGAUUGGAGAAGGUGUGCAUUAGCCCCAAACCACAGAAGCCAUGGGAUAAAGAUGCCUGGGAGAUCCCCCGGGAGUCCAUUAAGCUGGUGAAAAAGCUGGGCGCAGGGCAGUUUGGAGAAGUCUGGAUGGGUUACUAUAACAACAGCACAAAGGUAGCUGUGAAGACCCUCAAGCCGGGCACUAUGUCUGUGCAAGCAUUCCUGGAGGAGGCCAACCUCAUGAAGACCUUGCAGCACGACAAGCUUGUGCGACUCUAUGCUGUGGUCACCAAGGAGGAGCCCAUCUACAUCAUCACCGAGUUUAUGGCCAAGGGCAGCUUGCUGGACUUCCUCAAGAGUGAUGAAGGUGGCAAGGUGCUGCUCCCAAAGCUCAUUGACUUUUCAGCACAGAUUGCAGAGGGCAUGGCAUACAUCGAGAGGAAGAACUACAUCCAUCGUGACCUGCGAGCGGCUAAUGUCCUAGUCUCUGAUGCACUCAUGUGCAAGAUUGCAGAUUUUGGCCUUGCAAGAGUAAUCGAAGAUAAUGAGUACACAGCGAGGGAAGGUGCUAAGUUCCCCAUCAAGUGGACAGCUCCAGAGGCCAUCAACUUUGGCUGCUUCACUAUCAAGUCUGACGUGUGGUCCUUCGGGAUUCUCCUGUAUGAAAUCGUCACCUAUGGGAAAAUCCCUUACCCAGGGAGAACAAAUGCAGAUGUGAUGACCGCGCUGUCACAGGGCUACCGGAUGCCACGCAUGGAGAACUGCCCAGAUGAGCUCUAUGAGAUCAUGAAAAUGUGUUGGAAAGAAAAAGCGGAGGAGAGGCCGACUUUUGACUACUUACAGAGUGUCCUGGAUGAUUUCUACACUGCCACGGAAGGGCAGUACCAGCAGCAACCGUAAUGGGCACGAAGACCUGCCCGUAGUAGUUAGUAGGGAAAGCAGCCUUCGGGCUCAGCUAAUCAUCUCAUGCCAGGACUCUGCGUUCCUGGCUCCUGAUGGACAGGCCGAACUAACUCAGGAAGAACACCCUGGACUUAGGAUGCUGCUUCUUUAGUGGGUGGCCACUGCUCAGUGGGACCAGAGUCAAAAUACAAACGCCUGCUAUUUCCAGUAUGCACCACACAGGCUCCAUGGGCUGAGUUCAGAGACUGUUGCAACAAAUUCCCAAACGCAGCAAGAACUAAACUCACUUAACAAAAAUAACCCCGUGCACAAACAGAUGUUCCCUGACCUUCUCCAUGCUUUGGCUUACUUUAAAAACAACAACAACAACAAAAAAAAAAACUACUACUACUAAUCCAGUCUGUUAAGUUUUACACAUGAAGCCACCAGCUUUAAACUGUCUUUUUUGAAUGUUUUUGUUUUGGAGGUUUAGUUCCUCCCCACCUCCACCCCACUCCCAUGCCCCCACCCCACCCCCACUCUGCUCUGAGACUGUUAAGCAUUUUCCUUUGUGGUAAGGUGGCCGGACAGGUGGUAGCUUGAGCUCGCCCUGCAAGAGCAUCAUGUGUGAGCAUGCAGAGCGACCACAGCUGAUCUGGAACCCUUUGGAGCCGCCCCACCACCCAGCCCUCCCAGCCAAGGUGGGAAAGCCUUGGGUUCUGCCCUAUGGAGAAACGUUUGUAAUGAUCUGGGUGUUUGAGUGACAGGACUCUAAAGGCCUUUUUGAUGGGGUCCUUUGGGAGAACUGUAAGAGUAAUAUGUCAGGACUUUACCUGCCUUCCAAAACCGUAAAGGAUGUCUUUGACUUCUUCAAGUGACUUGAACAUUCUUGAAUCAUAUAUUUUAGCUGUACUCUAAAGAAGUUAAAAAUGCCAUAUUUGGGGCUAUUUUUGUGAUGUAAUCUUUUCUAAAUUGUGUAGGAUGUGUGAGAGACUUUUACACUUACAGGUAGGAAGGAGGUAACCAUGGAGACAUCUCUGGCAGACCUGAGAAGCUUUGUUACCUGGGUUUUCCAUCGCAAACUCCAAUCGGAAACCGCUGUGUCUGCCCCUUGCACUUAUGCUAUUGUGUAUAUACUUAAUAAUUCUAUUUUUGAUUUUAUUUUAAUACACCCAAUAACAUCUUGA